AUUAGCAUCAUCCUUUCCCUCUAAUGAAAUGGGGUCACUAACAUCACAACAUAUACUAUACUGCAUUUAUAAUGUGACUAUCUAUGUAAGGAAAUACUACUAUUACUAUAUAGGAGUGGAGUAGAUUUUUCUUAAAAUUCCAAAUUCGUUUACUCAUACUCUUUGUUUUCUGCAGUCAACCCCUCACCCACCGUUUCCCUAUCUCUCUCUCUUUCUCUCACACACACAAUCAAGAGAGAGAGAGGAGGGACAAACGAGGUCAGCCAGCCACUUCCUAGAUGGCCACCGCCGCUUUUUCACGCCUCACAACUCAAUUCAUCGCCUCACCAAAUGCGCACCACCACCACCGCCACCACUCUCCCUCGUCCCUUGCCUAUCCGUCGACUACCCAAUUCCUUAAAGUUACUCUCUCCUCAACUUCUUCGCUCCAACUAAUUGGCUCUCUCCACUCCCCUCGCCGUCCUUCAUUUAAUCUUAUAUCGUUCAGCGUCGGCGGAGGCGAUGAAUCCGGCGGUGGCCUUAGCGGCGGUGGCGGCGGCGGCGGAGGAGGAGGAGACAGUGGUGAUGGAGAUGCAGGGAAGAGAAACAAGGCUGAGGCGAUCAUGGCAUUGGCCGAGGCCGGUAGAUCUUUAGAUAGCAUUCCCAAGGAUUUGGCAGCUGCCAUUGAAGCAGGGAGGAUUCCGGGAUCGAUUGUUCAUCGGUUUUUCGAGCUCGAGAAGUCGCCUUUUCUGGGCUGGUUGCUCCGAUUUGGAGGGUUUAAGGAGAGGUUGCUCGCCGAUGAUCUUUUCUUGACCAAAGUUGGCAUUGAGUGCGGCGUCGGGAUUUUCACCAAGACUGCUGCAGAGCUGGAGAAGCGUCGAGAAAAUUUCACCAAGGAGCUAGAUUUCGUCUUGGCUGAUGUGGUAAUGGCCAUUAUUGCAGAUUUCAUGCUUGUCUGGCUACCUGCCCCCACUGUUUCUCUCCGAGCACCACUAGCUGUUACUUCUGGAGGUCUCAGUAAGCUCUUCUAUGGCUGCCCUGAUAAUGCAUUCCAGGUUGCCUUGGCGGGUACAUCCUAUUCAUUCCUACAAAGAGUAGGGGCCAUCGUGAGGAAUGGUGCAAAGCUGUUUGCUGUUGGGACCAGUGCAUCUUUGGUUGGGACGGGCGUUACAAAUUUGUUAAUCUCUGCUAGAAAGGCUAUUGACAAAUCUUUUGCCGGUGAAGCAGAAGACAUUCCUAUUUUGUCGACAAGUGCUGCAUAUGGGGUUUAUAUGUCAGUAUCAAGCAACCUAAGGUACCAAGUACUUGCUGGAGUUAUUGAACAACGGAUUUUAGAGCCUCUGCUACACGAACAUAAGCUCGUACUCAGUGCAGUCUGCUUUGUUGUGCGAACUGGCAACACGUUUCUUGGAUCAUUGAUGUGGGUCGACUAUGCACGAUGGAUUGGAAUCCAGAGGGCGCGCGAGUAGAGCAUGAACACAGAUUUCUCUGACAGAUGACCUUGUUACACUAAUCACAUAUCGGGUUGUUAUUUCAUUAUGAUAUGUUUUGAACCAAAUUUCUCAUUAGAACUUCAUUCUAGAAAUCAAGAUUUUCUCGUUGUGAAAGUUGUUUUUUUUGUUAUUUAUUGAGGUGGGCUUGCUUUCUUGCGAUUGCAUGAAAAUAACAAGCUGUAAUCAGAAACAAGAAAAUGCUUGUCUGUGUUCAACUUCAGAGUUACCUUAUAAUUGAUUCUUGAAGAAGAUAUGCAAUCAUAUGUUUGGAUAA